GGCCUUUCUGGCUCUUUUUGUAUUUUUCAAAUGAGACUUGCAUAAUUCUGAUGUUUCAUGAGUAAAAGUUUUCACGGGAAGAGCAGGGAAGGGGAGUGCUGCAUGUGUGAGAGGACAGAGGGAGAGGGAGCUGGGCUGGGUGAAAAAAAACUACACAGGCUGUGGGACUCAAGGCGACUAUAAAACAGCUUUCUUGCCCAUUGUGUUGAUGUAGUCACGAAAUACACCGUAACGUAAAGACAGAGACGGAGAUGGAGGAGUGAGGCGGGACCGGUUGCGUGGCUGCUAAGAAACGUUUGUCUUGCGGUUUGCGAGCAAACUUUGUGAGGAGAUUUAUUUGUGGCGGGGUCUGCCGAUGACAAUCCUCUGAAACUUUAACUCUCGUAUUUGAGACAAAACAGUGCGCAUAAACGAGACUUUUAUUAUUUUAAUUCUCGUAAGAGAAGCGGCAAGUCAGAAAUUAGUUUUGCGAGUUGUAUAUCUGUCCUCUAGUCACAGUUUGAACAUAAGCGAGACAGUAUUAGAAGAGGUAUUUUACUGACUAGGGUCUCCGUAUAGUUGACGCGGCUGAAAUGGGAGCGGGUGACGGGCGCUCGGUGUCCGCGGUUCACCGGAGCUCUUUCCUCCUGAGGACGCUGCUGCUUCUGCUGAUUCUGGGGCUGACGUGCGUUCAGGGGACGUGGGGACCCGGAGUUUACAAAUACCAGACCGGGACAGCACUCCACAAAGAUCAGUCGAAGAGGAACUGGUGUCCGCAGACAGUGACUAAGACAGUGACCUGUCAGGUGCAGAAUGGCACUACUCUCCAGAGGGUCUAUCAGACCUGCAGGUGGCCUCAGGGAUGCAAUGGAGGAAGUUAUCGCACUGUGGUCCGGCCAUCCUACAAAGUCGUGUACCGCACCAUCACCUCUCUAGAAUGGAAAUGUUGUCCUGGAUACAGAGGACCUCAGUGUGAGGAAGGCUCAUCGAGUAACCUGGUUGCCCAGGAGGCUGUAAGAAAACAGGCUAUAAUUCUGAAACAUGCUUCUAAAACAGGAGAACAUAUCUCAAACUGUCUGAAUUGCAGUCGUAUCACCACCCUCACAGAUCGUGUGAGCUCUCUGGAGGCCAAGGUUCAGCUUCUUACCGCUCCUGCCUCCACCUCUCAUCAACAGACGCAGUUAAAAAAUGAACCUGACUCCUCCUUGCUGAUGGGGGCUACACCUGCCAAAGGUUCUCCUGGGGCUCAGGGUCCUGCAGGUCCACAGGGCGAGAGAGGCCAGGAUGGCUUACCCGGUAAAGACGGUAAACCAGGGUUUCGAGGUCUGCCAGGACCCAAAGGUGAUGCGGGCAGCAGAGGUCCAUCUGGGGCUCCAGGGUCUAAAGGAACAGCUGGUCCUCCAGGUCCUCAGGGACCACCGGGCCUCCCAGGAGAGAGGGGCCUCCCUGGGCCACCCGGCCCUCCAGGGCCCCCUGGACCACCAGCCCCUGUACCUGAACAAGAUGUUACAGGCCUGAAAAAAGACAGUCUGCUUCACAACAACUUCCCUGACCUCCGAGUGACCCCUUCAAACGGACCCCCAGGUCCACCUGGACCCACCGGUCCUCCAGGACCGUUAGGACCCAGUGGACCACCGGGCCCUAUGGGACAAACUGGAAAGCCAGGAGCUCCUGGUUUGCAAGGCCCUGUGGGACCAAAAGGCGAACGAGGAGAAAGAGGACCUCUUGGAUAUCCAGGAGAGAGAGGGUUCAAAGGAGAGCCAGGAGCACCAGGACUUAAAGGAGAGCCAGGGGAGAAAGGUCUUCCGGACUUUAAUUUGAAGAAGUUCCAAGACUUGCAGGCUGACUUAGAGCUGCUGGCUCGCAGGGUGCAGCUGCUGGAGGCGAUCAUCUGGCCAGAACCAGAUCUAGGGUCAGGAGAUGGCCUCUUUGGCACACCGUCUCCAGAUGUCUACCGGAUUAAGAGGGCAAGAAUGUCAUCUUUCCGAGUCAAUUCUCCCUUAAUCACUGCUGAGACCAGGGUUCGAGGGAAGUAGUCUGCAUAUUCCAAAGAGCGAAGCCAUCGUUUCCAUCUGAAUUUCAUCAUCAGUAAAUCAGCUGAACUGGCAACAACUAGGGUUGCAAAAAGGUGGAAAUCUUCCAGUAAAUUUCAGGCAUAUUCCAGAAAUUUUGGAAACUUUCCAUGAUU